CACUUAUUUUGGUUUUCAGCGCGAGUGUGUAGUAGUUUGUUUCGUGUGCAAAAGUCACGUGCAAAAUACGACAUUUUGCAUGCUGCGUGUGACUUGGACUUGAACAGACGUGUUUUUAGAGAUAUUUUGGCCAGAUAAGCUAACCAAUAGAUAUCGGAGAUGAGUUCUGGUGCGUGUUUCAAGUGUGGCAGGGGUGGGCAUAUUGCCCGUAACUGUUCUGAAGCCGGAGUUGAUGAUGGCUACUCUAGGCACGGAGGAAGAGAUGGAGGAGGAGGAGGUGGAGGAAGGAGCAGCAGAGAUACUCGAUGUUACAAGUGCAACCAGUUUGGGCACAGGGCCCGUGACUGUCAGGAUACUGCCGAGGAGGAUCUGUGCUACCGAUGUGGUGAACCAGGGCAUAUCUCCAGUGGCUGCCCGAACACUGAUGUGGAAAAUGUCAAGUGUUACAACUGUGGGAAGAAAGGACACAUGAAGAAUGUUUGUCCCGAUGGCAAGGCUUGCUACGUCUGUGGAAGCAGCGAACAUGUGAAAGCCCAGUGCCCUGAAGCACCGCAAGGUGGAGAUAACAGGGAUUACAAUCGCGGCGUCGGCGGCGGUGGACGCGACAACAGAGAUUAUGGUGGUCGUGGAGGCGGAGGCGGUGGUCGCGAGUAUGGUCGUGGAGGAGGUGGAGGUGGAUCUGCCUGUUACAUCUGCAAUGAGGAAGGUCACCAGGCUUACAUGUGCCCCAACAUGACUUGCUACAACUGUGACGGGAAGGGCCACAAGGCUCGUGACUGUCCGUCCGGGCGCCAGGACCGCCAGGAGUUUCGUGGUGGCGUAGGAGGCGGUGGUGGAGGUGGAUAUCGUGGUGGCAUUCAGAGAGACUCCAAGUGUUACAACUGUGGUGAAAUGGGCCACUUUGCACGUGAAUGCAGCCGAAAUGCUUGAACCAUCAAACCCCACUCCGGCUAUCUCCACUAAAACCUCUUGUUUCCAUUCGGUUGAUGGGGGGAAGGAAGAGAAAUGAAAACCUUGGAAUAAGAGUCUUUUUUUUUUUUUCCUUAAGAAAGAAAAAACACAAGAAUGUGAGCAUAAACGAAUCGAGGAAAAAAUUCAACUGAAAAACAGUGGUGAAACCAAUGUGAUUAUCAUGUUUGGUGGUGUUGAUAAUCAAAUAAGAAAAAAAAAAUAUGAGAAAAUCAGGCCUGAUGUGUGGAAAAGUGGAACACUAGGGUGUAUGUAGAGGCAAAAGGCCGGAAUUGGCCGCUGCAGCAGCAGCACGCGGUGUAGCAUGCUGCCUGCUGCGAUUCUGGCAGGCCUGCGCAGGAAGGAGCGCAGUUUGGUGUCGAGGGGGAGGUGCGGGAGAUCAAAAUAAAAAAUAAAAAAAAAUAAGUAUGGUGACCUGGUUUGGUCUGGUCAACUGAUUAAGAUACUGGGUGAUGGUGUUAGGAGUAUCUAUAGUGGAGUGGAGUUUGGUGAAGAGCCAAAUCCCUUAUCAACAACAUGGGAUAGGCUUACUUAAGAUAAAAAUUUAAGUUCUCAAAGAAGAUUUUAGUUGUAAUGGUGUUCAAAAUAAGUACAAUCAUACUGUAUGGAAAGUGUAGAUAUUUAUGGUUUGCUUGUGGAUUUGUGUUGCAGCUUGUAUGUUCUUACUGUUAUUUAUUUUUUUGUUUUUGUUUUUUGUAUAGCUUAUCUUGAAAUCAAAUUGACAAAACAGAUGUUUUACUGGAGAUUUGGGUUAUAACAGCUUGUGUAUUUAUAUUUAGGUACAAAUUUACUUCAAAAUAAAUAGCUUUUGUAUUGCCCUUUGUAAUGACUGGUAGGAUGACAAAACUUGUCACAAAAUUUUGCUGAAAAGCUGUCAUGUCUUUUGUCCUUAUUAUACUUUAUAGUCUUAAUGUAGCAUAAAUCAUCUUGGAUGUAAUUACAUUUAGAGUAAAGGUAGUGUCUGUGUCAGAGUGAUGAACUGGCCCAAUUUAUUUUAUUAAGGUAUGAUUUUAUCUUUUUUUGAUGAUUGUCAAAUGCAAUCGAUUGUUUGAAGACCGUGAGGAGAUUUUAUUCGCCAAAGCUGAUGGUAAUUGUUAAAGUCUGGUUUCUGCAGCUUUUCAUGCUUGCAUCCAUGUCUGUUAUUUGCUGCAAUUUUAUUUAAAAGUAAUGCACUAGGAUGAGUUUGGGAAAGGAAUGACAUUUCUCAAUUAAGUAGGUAUGGACCUUAUGAAGCAUCUAAAUUCUUAUUUCACUACAAUUUUUUGAUUGUGAUCGAUUUCAAUUUAAUCAUUGACUUUUGAAAAUGGAAUGUAUGCCUUUGUAAAGUCACAUUCUUGCAGUGUUGUUAGGAUGCGUCACUAUUAUUUAUCUUAAUAAAUGCAUUUCAAGUGAUAUUUUUUCCCCACAAUUCAUUAAAAAUUCCUAAUUUUCUUGUUUUUGUUGUUGCAAUAUUUAAUUUCAUAGAGGUUAAUUCAGUGACAGUGAAGUGUUUUGUAUUGCAGAUAAAGUGUACAAAGUAGGAGGAUAUGGUCGUACAUGUAUAUUAUGUUAAGAAAGUAAUGCAUGUAAGUGUGUUUCAUCUGUGUUGCUAAAUGUACAAUGCUGUAAAUGUAGACUUUCUUUCUGUGUGACUUCAAUGCACUAGUCUGCCUCAACAUGCUGACAGAAACAAAUGGGAGCUUCACAAUUGAUUUCAUAAAUUUCAUAAAAGUGAGAAACCUGUAGAUUAGAGUCUGCACUGUGAACUGAAGCUAAAAUAGGCUGUAUGGUAUCUUGUUUGUACCGCUCAAUAGGCCUCUUUAGACUAAACGAAUGUCUGCUUGUUUAGUAUCAUUGCAUAAGUACACAUAGAUUGAUUAUGGAAUGAUGCAAUGACUAUAUCAUAGAUCAAUAUUCAGUUGUGCCAUAUGGUAGCAUUCAGUUGUACCAUAGUAUAAGUCAAUGAAAUCAUUUUAACAGAAGACAUUGAUAUCUUUACUAGAGUGAGGUCAUAAAUGAGGACCUGAUGACCUCUUGAGGUCAGAUGUCAUUCCCAUAUUGCAAUGAGACUUAAUUGAACCCAUCAGGAAUGGGGGGGGGGGGGGGGGGAGGGCAGUUGAAAAGAAUGGGAGCUACAGAUGUAUGAUGCCCAUGAAUAUUAUCCCGCAUGAAUAACUGGUAUCCUCAUGCAGGGCUCGAAUAAAAACAUUUUCUGGGGGUCCAGCGUCAAAGUUGUCGGACCUUGUGUCAUGGACCCUUGUUGUUUAGCCCUGCCGCAUGGCCUGUUUACACGCUAGAGCCUUUUAACAGGCCAUCUGUGACCGGUGGUUGAGCAGUUGUGGUCAUGUAUUUAUAAUAUGAAGUCCUGGUUUCAAAAUGAUUGAUUCAAAUUUUCCAAGAAGAUAAUAAACAAGAACACACCAAGUGUAAGUA